AUGAGCACAGACGUCGUGUACGACUACAUGGUGAUCGGCGGCGGCAGCGGCGGCAUGGCCUCGGCCAGACGUGCGGCCACAUUCGGGGCCAAGGUCCUCGUCGUAGAGCGCGGCCGCGAGUUCGACGGCAUGGGUCUGGGCGGCACCUGUGUCAACUUCGGCUGCGUGCCCAAGAAGGUCAUGUUCAACACGGCCGCCCAC